AUGUCGAACUUAAUAUCUCGGAAAGCAUUACUAUGUUCUCGAAGACCAUUCCUGAUUGCGCCUUCAAAUUAUAGAAGAUUGUCUUCUAGAACAUCACCUCUUCAAUCUACAUAUGCUGGAAAUCCAACUUCAGCUUCUGCCGCUACGGAUGUUCUUCAUCCAAUACAAUCUGAUUCGAAAUCUAAAUCAGCUACUAUGCCAAAGAUUAGUCCGCUCUCAAUAUUACCUCUGAGUAAUGUUGUAAGAUCUCUGGUUAUCAAUACUAUUUCUUCUUCUCCUUUACUUCUCGCUCCAUCCCUAAAAAUAAUGACCAUUCUCGCCCAUUCUCAAAAUCCCAUCUUAUCACCCGAUCGCAAUCCCGUUUUACGAUUCUUCCUCAAGAACACCUUUUACAAACAAUUUUGUGCAGGUGAAACCCACGCCGAAGUUCAAAAGACGGUUCGAGGAAUCAAAGAUCUGGGUUUCAAAGGUGUUUUUCUCUGUUAUGCAAGAGAAGUUGAGAAAUCUCCAGGUGCCAAUAUCGAUGUGGAGAAAUGUGUCAAGAAUGAAGUUUUACCUUGGGCUGAAGGUACUUUGGCUACUGUCCGAUUAGCUGGUCCGGGAGAUUUCGUUUCUAUCAAGGUUACUGGUGCAGGAAGUUUGGCUCUACAGGCUCUAGAGGCAAAGGGAGUUUGUCAUGAUACACUCAAAAAGGCUAUUGAUGAUAUUUGUGCAUUGGGUGCAGAACGAGGUGUCAAAUUAGCUUUUGAUGCGGAACAUGCUGCUGUACAAGCGGGUAUCGAUCUUUGGACAUUGAAAUAUAUGAAGAGAUAUAAUAAACCCGGCAAAGGAGGAGCAGUCAUCUAUGGUACCUAUCAAGCAUAUCUCAAAGCCUGUCCUCGAGUCGUCUCAAACCACAUGGCUAUUGCGCAAAAGGAAAACUUUACCCUCGGAGUCAAAUUGGUUCGAGGCGCAUAUAUGGGAUCGGAUCCUCGCGAAUUGAUCCACGAUACCAAGAGAGAAACAGAUGAAUGUUAUGAUGGGAUUGCCGAGGCACUGAUUCGUCAAACUCCUAAUGCGAUCCUAAAACCAGAAAAUGGAGAGGAAAAAACAUUCCAAGCUGUGGAUUUGGCACUCGCAGGUCAUAAUUUGGAGUCGGUCAGAAAGGCUCAGGUUAUUCGUACCGAACAGGCUGAGAAGGGCGAAGAGAGAAUCGAAUUAUGUUAUGCACAAUUGCAAGGUAUGGCAGAUGAAGUAUCCUGCGAACUUGUCGCGGAGGGAAAAUUAGCCGAAUCGAUGAAUUCUUCAAAUGCGCAGGAUUCGAAAGUUACAGUUCAUGGAGGAAUCAAUGAAUUGAUUGGGGGAACCAAAGGAGGAAGAGAUCAAUUGGAUUUGAAAACGGAUAUUCCAAAGGCGUAUAAGUAUUUGACUUGGGGAACCACUGGGGAAUGCAUGAAGUAUCUUUUGAGGAGAGCGUAUGAGAAUCGAGAUGCGGUGGGGAGAACUAGGGAGGGAAGAAAUGAAAUGGGUAGGGAAUUGGUGAGGAGAGUCAAGGGGGUUUUUGGCGCCUGA